UUUGCUCCAUUGUGAUCCAUCACUUGUUUUCGUUUUCUGUUGGGUCUCUUAGUUGAGGUUAAGUUCUCGGUGGUUCUCGGCUCAGGAGGAGUGGUUCCGAGGAUUAUAUUAUACUUCAACAACAAUAACAAACAAUGACCGUAUUAUCUCUUUGCUCAAGGUUUUCCUCAAGAAAUCCUUUAACAAAAACUGAGAUAUGUACAAUUACUAGACCUUUUCAAACCAAUAGUAAUAAAAUCUACCCCGUUGUCCCUUUGCAUGUACUGUUCACUAAGUUAGUUAGUUUUAUACAAGAAGAUCAAAUAUGUGCAAUGUUUGAGCAAAUGAGACAUGUUGUCUGUGACAGUGAUGUGCCUGUAUUUGAAAUGAGAGCUGGGAAUGGGACGUUGACAAAGAAACUUUUGGAGGCAGGAGUGGAAAAUCUUCAUGUUUUUGAGAAGAGAAAUAGUUGUCAACCUGGCCUGAAGGAAUUGCUGGCACUCUAUCCGGGGAAAAGCACCCUCCACCAAAGAACAUUUAAUGAAACAUUUUUAGAAGCAAACAAUGUACCAUUAUAUAACAGUCCUUUCCUGACAAAAAGUCUUCCAGUAAAAUUGAAAAGGGCAUGGAAGGAUAGCCCAUCACUGAAAGUUAUUGCAUCACAUAAUAAUGGCAAAGUUUUAAUUGUUGCUUUAAGUCAUCUAAGUAAGAAUAUGAUGUAUUACGGAAUGGGGAGACCCCAGUUUAUAAUGUGCUUACCAGCAUCAACUUGGAGAAAAUUACAUGAUAAUCCCAAGAAAUUACAUUACCAAGAGUACCACUUUGGAGGCCUUUUAUUUCCUGAUUUUUAUGAGUGUGAAGUGUUAGGUACAAUUGGUCCACCUGUGCAUUUUAGUUCUGGUGAACAGGGUUCUCAUGUUUCAAAAGAAGAGUUUAUAACAGUAAGUUUAACACUUUCCAAGGACCUAGAGGAUGUAGCAGAUCCGGAAACAUUGGAGGAAUACUUAUUCUUUGGAACUCAGACGAUGAAUGGUAAAGCCAAACACUCAAAUGUUGUUCAAACUUUAGAACACUGGUUACCAGAAUCAGGAAGACAGCUAGUGAUGAAUGGUGUAAAUUGUUUCAUCCAAUUCACUGAUUUAAGUGCUGCAGAUGCCCUGCGAAUAUUCUGCAUUUGGAGAUCACUACCAAAUUAUAAAUCAUCCCUAUUUAUGUAUGAGUACCGGGAUUACUUGGAAUGUAAUACAUUUUAAUAAAAAAAAUUACAUAUUAGUAAAGCAUAAAACAAAACAGA